AUGUACUGUCCUAAACCGGUAAGCAUCUGCUUGACAGUACGGAGGCCUAUUAGCAGAAUAUUUCGAGGGAUUGGGACGUAUAAUAAAUUUGGUAAGAGGAAGAUUUCAUCAAUAUGGAUUCGGGAAUAUAACUCUUCAAAACAAAAUUUCAAACAAGAAUUUGAAAGACGGAAAUACGAUCAACUAAUCAGAGAGCAGGUUCUCAGGUCGACCUUGCAAAAUAAUAUGGGAUUCAUAAAUGGUAGUUCGACAGUUCGUGAUAAUAGAAAGUUACCAUUUAGAACAAUAUUGCUACUUAUUAUAUGUUCGAGUUCAUUGACAAUAGGGGUUUACGUUAUUAGUCAACUUGUUAAGUUUAAGCAAGAUGGUAAUCAUAGAAGAAUUUUUCUUCCUUUAUGGUUUAGCGCUAAUUGGCUAUUUAAAAGUACAUAUUCAUUUCCAAAAGGUUUGAAAUAUUUGGAUAGAGAGUACUUUGACUACUCUAUGGUAGAAAUGAGCCAGCAAAAUUCAGGUAAUGAUUGUUCCGAUGUUGGCAAUUUUAUAAAGCUCCUAAUAGAUGAAAACAUCAAAUAUAAAGUGCUAGAGGAGUUAUCGUUGAAUAAUAGCAUUAGGAAGAUGUUUAAAUUGCCAUUGGGUAUAGAUCUUGAUAGCCCUAAAUUUAAUAUAUGGCUAGAAACAAAAUACCCCUCUGUAUCAGGAAUUCAAAUAAAUAUGGAAAACAAUAAUGGUGUUUCGUCGGUAAAUAUGAGCUGGAUUAUUAAACUGUUGAAUUUUAAUUCUAUAAUAAAUGAUGCAUUGGUGCUGGCAGGUUUAAAGCUCGAUAGAAUAAGCACCGAUGAGUCAAUAAGAGGGUCUUUUUUGGAUAAAGGAAUUAAAGAGGCUAAGUCUAUUAAUGAACAUAAACACAUAAAUACAAACAAGGACUACGACGUAUUCUUUUCAGGUGAGUUCAAAAUCAAGGAUAAAUAUAAAGUUGAGAAAGGUACUUUGUCAUACAAGGGCAUGUUUGAUUUUAGUCAUUUAAUGAUUAACAGAGGGGUUAAGAUAAUUAAAAUGGACAUGGUCUUGGAAACUAACGAAUCGGAAUCAAUUAAGUACAAGGUACUUUAA